AUGCUCUGCGCAAUCUCUGGCGAAGCUCCCCGCGAACCUGUUGCCUCGCGCAAAUCAGGCAAUGUCUUCGAAAAGCGCCUCAUCGAAGCACACAUUUCAGAACACCACACCGACCCCGUCACGGGUGAAGACCUCGCGACAGAAGACCUCAUCGAGCUCAAAUCACCCAAUGUCGUCACUCCGCGCGCGCCCAACUUCACCUCGAUACCGGCAAUGCUUAGCGCCUUCCAGAACGAGUGGGAUGCGCUGGUUUUAGAGACGCAUACGCUCAAGCAGCACCUGGCGCAAACAAGGCAGGAGCUCAGUACUGCUUUGUACCAGAAUGAUGCUGCGACAAGGGUUAUUGCGCGGAUAUCAAAAGAGCGGGAUGAGGCGCGUGAGGCUCUGUCAAACGUCACCGUUAGUGGAGGUGGCCAAGGCGAUGCGAUGCAGGUGGACGGCCAGGGCCUGCCUGAACAGCUUGUAACCCUUGUCGACGAGACACAACAAGAACUGUUCGGCUCGCGACGAAAGCGACCCGUACCGGCCGGCUGGACUUCUGGAGACGCCAUCUCCAACUACGACCUUGCCAAAACGACCGAGUCCUUAUACCCGGGCAGCAGCGGUAUUGCCGUGAACGAGGCGCAGAAUGUAUUGUUUGGCGGAGCUGAUGGUACUGCGGGUGUCUACUCGUUGACCCAGGGCAAAGUCUUGGAGACAUUUAACGCAGGCAGCGCAGUGACAUCGACGGCAUGGUGGGGGGAUCGCGCACUCAUCGGAACAUCGGCAGGCACAGUCAAGGUCUUUUCUAACGGCGAUGAGGUUGCCCAAAUAGGACAACACGCCGGAGCUGUCACGUCCAUGUCCCUACACCCCAGCGGCAAGAUGCUCGCAACCGCCGGAGCAGACAAGCGAUACGCAGUCCACGAACUCACGACCUUCAAGACUGUGUCGCAAGUCUACGUCGAGGCCGACAUUACCUGCGUCUCUUUCCACGUCGACGGCAUGCUCUUCUUCAUCGGAAGCUCGGAUGGCAACAUCCGCAUCUACGAUAUCAAGACUGGUACCCAAAUGGCUGAACUCGCAACUUCGGCGCCAGUUACUGAUCUGAAAUUUUCUGAGAACGGAACUUGGUUCGCUGUCGUACAGGAAAACUCUUCCAGUGUCGCCAUCUGGGACAUCAGGAAGCAGGCAGCAAUCCAUACGCUUGAGUCUGGCAGCCCGGUUACCAGCUGCAGCUGGGAUUACACUGGCCAGUUUUUGGCGAUUGGUGGAACUGGCAGUGUAUCUGUGCAGCAGUACACUAAGGCGACGAAGAGUUGGGCUGAGCUCGUCAGAAAGGCAGCGUCGGCAAAGGACGUCGCCUGGGGCGGCAAGGCUGAAAACGUUGUGGCGCUGACUACGGAGGGUGGGUUGGCUGUAUUGGCAGCACCUUAG